UCUUGAUGACUAAGUAACAAUUGCCGUGGCAUGUGAACUAGAAACAUCAGCUACCAGGACAGAAUACUAUCGCACAUGCACAACAUGGUGAAUUCAACGAGUCGCGCAUUUUAGUAAUGAGGAUUACUACUUCGACUACAAGGACAAAUAGAUACAAAAAAAAGGAUGCCUCAGGACGUCUUUGUUCUCGGCCUGUUCACGAUCUUCGCUUUCGCUUACCGAAAAGUAUAGGCGUAAGGCAAGAAUGGGUUGUGCUUUCAGCGGACCGGAUUCCAGGAAACAACUGUCUGCCGUGGUCCCCGCGGCUCGGCCAUCAUAUGGAGGAAACGUUUCGCCAAAAGUAGGCAGCAGAGAUUGGGCAGAGAAGAGUUACGACUUGUUCUGCAGUACUAAGACUAAGAAGCACUUCCACCUUGUUAAUUAGAAGACGGACACGGAGCAACUUCUUUUACUUUUAGUACUAGGCAGGUUUCAGAUGUGGGUCGUUGUUGAAAAUGAUCGUGAUGUAGUUCUUGAUAAGUGGUUACUGUUCUAAAAAGUUGCUCUCGAUACAACAAGCUUUGACAGUUCCCGAUAGAUGGCCAUUUUUUCUAAACAGCAAGCGUCAAGUUUUCCGGAGAAGAUGCCUCAAGACCCUCCUAUGAGCCUCCGCCUUCCGCACCUGACCGCUUUCCUAACUGCGUAUGUGGGUGGUGGGUUCCGGAUGAGUCAUUCGAAAUCAGCCCGACGCCCAAAGCUCGAGUCACAGGAAAAAGCGGUAAGGUUAUGUGCAGUGGAUUGAUGCGAAUACUGAUUUUAGAAGCAAAUACGCUGUUAGCGAUUGCUUUUCUAGUGAAGAGGACCACGCUGUUGCAGUGAGUGCUGUGCUACCCGAAGGAGAGCAAUCAUCUUCCAUCAUCAUCAUCAUCAUCAACAAACGACACUCACGACAGGGAGCGACGAAUACAAACACACUCUAACUCGUGCCUCGGCAAGAGUGCCUCGCUGGGCAAAUCGGGAAAAGGAGGCUCUGUUGGAAAACACGGCCAAGGAUCUAAAAAGGGGAGUAAAGGUAAAGCGCCCGGCAACGGUAAAGGUUCGAAAAAAGCCAGCAAGAAUGCAACUCAAGACCACGGCGCGGAGGCCAGCAGCAGCACUCCAUUGUUAAGGCUUUUACAAGGCUACAGAUUAACAUCAAUCAUAUUCGACUGUCAUCCUUGCCAUUUAUGUCAACAUUUUCAUUCGAAAGACAGGUAUAGAACUUAACCUUGCCCCAAGUUCUAUCAGUAGCAAUAAUAGCGUCGCCCGAGAACGACGUAUAAGCAAAUUAAAAGCCCCUAAUUUGCCUGGUAUCAUCCGCUUCCGUCUUCGAAGACCACCCUGGUGCGGAAAAAGAUGAAGGUGAAGAAAACGAACCGAAUAAACAGAUCCAAAAGCUGCUUCGUGAUGAUUGGUCAGAAAGCAAGUCUGGCAAGGUAAGGAUUGGUCCUGAUACUUCAGGUAACCUUUAUAUAUUUAUAAUUAACAAAUAAUGAGAGAAAGGGUUACUUACUAACUUGUUAGUUGUAGUUGAUGUAAAACCUCUAGAACAAGUAGGAUGUCAUUUUAGUUGUAGGUGAUAUCCUCUUCAGCACAUAGUAGUAUCACUAGGAUUGAAUCCGUCUCAUGUUCCUCAAGAAAGAUACUCGGCUGGCGAAUAUUUUAUACUCGUGGUCAAGCGUGGUCAUCGUCAAGCUCCUAUCUUUCAGUCACGAUAAAAUAUAUUUAUCCGGGUGUGGUCGUAAUAAAAGCUAAAUGUAAAUGAUCGGCAUUACCACGUAAGCGUAUUCUCCGCCUACUACAGGAUCGCGAAGUUGGAGUUUUGCAGCGUGUCCGUCAAAUUUUAAAUGUCCCCUUCGAUCAUGGUGAUGCUGCGCGAGCACGUCUUCGAGAAGAGCUGUAUCGCGGUGCAGCGUUUGACAAUUUUAUGUUUACUGUGAAUAGCUUUCUUGAUCCUGAUGGUUAGCUGAUGUGGGAAUGGAUGACUUGGGAACCGGGAUUUUUAUCAAACUAGUCCGUCGUAGGUGGGAUUCACCUGCUCUCAGGCGAGGUAGUGAAUGUGAAAAAGAGUACUUACAAUAAUGUUAAGUAAUCAAGAUGAAGAUUUUUCCCAGGGGCCCCCGGAUAAGUGCUCGAUCCCCUCAUCGUUUCUAAGAGUACGCCUUUUCCGGCGUACAAUAUCGCAGGCCUUCAGGGUGGGGAUGGUUUUGAGAACAGGGACGAACUGAAGAGGCUAGAAAAACAGUGCCUCAGCCUGCCGAACAUUUGGGGAUACCUGCCGAACGACGUCAUUAAAAACGAUGUGCUGCUGCUGCUGUCGGAAGAAUCUUCAUCUUCAAAGAAGCUCAGAAGUUGCGCAAAUCCAGGCACCCGUGGCAACCAAACGAAAAAGCCUGACCUUGAUGGAGGUCAAAGGAAGAAUGACAGAGACCUCACAACUGAAGUCGUAACGAAAAUAUCAAACACCCUUCUGCAGGAUGAGGAUGUCGUGGUGAACGCCAAGAAAAGCUGUAGGCAAAAGCACGAAUCAGCAAAGUCGAAGUCCAUCAAAAACGACAGUAAACACAUUCAUGAUGUCGAAGCCUCUCCAAAUCCUAAUAGAGAGCUUUGGGAGAGCUAUGAGACAAAAUUCGGAAAGCUGUCCUUAACCCAACGGCGAAAGAGAAUAAACAGACGUAAGGCCUUCCGCUCGCAUCAUGUCCACCGUCCGGGUCGGCCGACCUCGACAUCAACAGUAAAAUCUAAAUCAGUUUCAGGAGAAGUAGAGCAGGUCUCCGACUCAUCUCUCGUACUGUAUGAACCCGAUCCGGAUUUUCGAUGCCAGUACCGAAGAUUUUUUAUAUUCGCCAGACCUGAAUUAGUAGAGAAUGAGCACGAGGCUGUCGGUAUGUCGCAAGGAAAGACUUCUUGCUCUCCGUCACCUGCGAAAUUAUCGCCAAAGAACAUCAAUACAAUCAACAAAAGCCCUCGAAGAAACGGUGAAUCAUCAUCUUCGAGCAGUGACUGUGACUCUGCGAGCGAAAGCGGAAGCUCGUCAUCCGCAUCAUCUUCCUCUUCUGCAAGUAGUUCUUCUAGUCGUGCACGCCAACCAAAUUUUGAUAAAAGAAAAUGUGUCCCUGCAAGUAAUCCUAGUAGUAGUUCAAGUAGUAGUGCAAGCAUGUCAUCGUCAAGCAGUAGUUCUGCGUCAAGUUCUCCAGAGUCUUUAUGAGAUAGUAACUAGCUACUGAUUCCCCAUCCUCGCAGGCUGAUUGGAUGCGCACUUUUCAGCAUGAUCUCUGUUACUAUUACUUUAUAAUAUUAAUAUUAACAUGAACUACACGUACAGGUACACGAGCACAACUUUCACAGCUUAUGCUAAAAUGCUGAGUUUCUGGUGUGUCUCUUUUCAACCCACUGCACAGAAAUAGUCAUGUAGUUGUAUCUUAUAAUAUAAGUAAGUACAUGAUAAGUAGAUUACAGGUACCACUAUAGGUAUAGCGUUAGCGACUACAUUAUCGAUGAAACUGAAAGGUGUGCAGAAGAAUUUAUUGAUAGAUCUUGGCGUCUAAUAAAAAGGAGGAGUCCGCCAGCAUCUCGCACAAGAUAAAGGUAGCACUGACUACGAUUCUGUGGCACCAGCCUAAAACGACGAUACAAGCGGCCGCGAAGAUAAGUUCUUCAAUAUAAAGAAUUCAGUUCAAAGAAGAUCAAAAUCGUGGCUAUGAUUAUAUAUUUCUUGGUUCAUCUUCAUUUUGCUGUUCCUUUUCCAUUUCCCGCCAUGCUUUCCUAUUCAUCGAUUUCAUUGAUGACAUUGUCCUGUUGACAAGGAUGAUGAGAUGCCUCAAACAUGGACAGGUACAACAAGUUGCGCAGAAUAUGACUCGUCACUUUAACAUUUCCAUGUGUCGUUAUCAGGAUUUCAACGGCCUCCACCCGGUGCUCCACUAUCCUCGACAAGAGUGAGACCAAGCUCCUGGAGUUGUAAA